GAAUAACGAGGUAAUUACUGGGGGAUUAAUGAGCUGACAUUAGACAGUGCUUUGAAGGUACGAGGUUCCCACUGGGUUCACACUGGCUGAUGUCCCAUGGCCUCGGACCUGGCUGCAUUCCUGUCACUCCUGGCAUACGCUGCCAUUUGUCACCUCCAGAACAGCAUGGCCCUGUCCUGGGACCCUCACCAGGGAACAUGGAAGAGCUGGGGGUCCCAGGGCAGGGUGCGGGUGGGAGAGGACAUGGCAUGGUGGGAAGUGGUCAGGGUGCAAUGAGGUUGGGGGAAACAGUGCUUGUCGUUUCCGCUGAUCCUCCUGAUGCUGUAGGUGCUGGUUGGGGUGUCACUGUCACCACCUGGCGCCCCAAGGGGAGUGGGGCUUGGUGCCUGCUGGGCCUGCCUGCCUGCGGGCUGUUGGCUCUGAAGCCUAGUGACUGUGUGACAGUGUUAUUUCUUCAUCACUCAUGGCCAGCUCCAUCAGGGACAUAGCUGCUCUGCCUGAUGUGUCACCCCUCUUCAAGCUCUCCGGUCAGGAGGACAAAAAUGGAGGGACAGGAGCCCCAGCUGGCCUUACCCCAAAGCCCUGUCCUCCUCCCUGCCCAGGACAGAGCCAGCUCUGAGUGUGUGGGGUGGGGGGUGGCCCUUAUCUGGAGGUUGACAAGAAGGGGCUGUCCUGGGGCAGAGUGGGGCUGCUGGCCCCACAGCAGUACAGCCCUGCCAGGAGCCCUUCCCCCAGCACUCACUGUGACUGGGGUGCUCGCCAAACAUUUCAGCCUUUGUGCCAGUUCCGGUGCCAACAAGACGUGGCGCGGCUGCCUGGGCGGGCUGGCUGCCAUCCUGGGCCAAUGGAACAAAGUCCUUAAAUCUGCUGGGAAAGUACACUUCCGGCACAGGACACAGGGACGCAAACGCAGCCCCUCUGACACCACUUUGCCCUCGUCAGUCCCCAGACAUUGUUCUGGGACGUGCAGCAAGCCCCGCAGACACUGGGUACCACGUGUCACCUGUGGCCAUGGCAGCCCAGUGUGGUGGGGGUGAGAAGCCCUUCCACAUCGUGUCCCCACUCCUGGAGAGCCUAUCCCUGUCCCGGACAGCAGGGACCCAGGUCUACAUGAAGCUGGAGAACGUGCAGCCCACCGGCUCCUUCAAGAUCCGAGGCAUUGGGCACCUCUGCCAGGAGGUAGGCUGCCAGGAAAGGCUGCCGGCACUUUGUUUGCUCCUCAGGUAUUUGGAACCUGUGUGGGAUUUGAGGGGGCUAUGGGAUGCGGGUGCUGAGGAGCAACCCUUGCUCCUGGCCCCUUGUACUUCUACCUUCGCUGGUUUUUGGGGCUGGGGCUGCUCCAGGUCGGGUGUCCCCUCUCCACCCCAACACAGUUCAUCCUGUGGGUCUGGGAUGAGCCAGGGGGGUGGGGAGGAACCACUUAACCCACUGCUUUUGGCAGGGGGGAAUGCGGGCAUGGCCGCAGCUUAUGUGGCCAGGAAGCUGGGGCUGCCAGCCACGGUGGUGGUGCCCAGCAGCACCGGCCCCAGUACUGUCCGCAGGCUGGAGGACCUGGGAGCGACAGUGGAGAUCUACGGGAAGGUGUGGGAUGAAGCCAACCAGAAAGCUGUAGAGCUGGCGCAGAAUGAGGGCUGGGCCAGCAUUCACCCCUUUGACCACCCCUUGCUGUGGCAAGGCCAUGCUAGCCUGGUCCUGGAGCUGAAGGACACACUGGACGUUAAGCCCGAUGCCAUCGUGCUGGCGGUGGGAGGUGGGGGGCUACUGGCUGGCGUGGUGGCCGGGCUGCAGCAGGUGGGAUGGCUCGAUGUCCCCAUCAUCGCCGCUGAGACCUGGGGGGCCCACAGCUUCCACGCAGCACUGAAGGCUGGGCACCUUGUCACCCUGCCCGACAUCACCAGCGUGGCCAAGUGCCUGGGGGCCAAGACGGUGUCGGCGCGGGCGCUGCAGUGUGCCCAGGAGAUCCAGGUCAUUUCAGAGGUGGUGGAGGAUGCCGAGGCCGUGCGCUCUGUGGAGAGGUUCCUGGACGAUGAACGGAUGCUGGUGCAGCCGGCGUGCGGCGCGGCACUGGCCCUGCUCUACUCGGGGCGGCUGCAGCAGCUGCAGCGUGAGGGGCGCCUGGGGACCCCGCUGGGAUGCGUGGUGCUGGUGGUCUGCGGCGGCAGCAGCAUGACGGCAGCGCUGCUGCGGGACCUGAAGAGCCAGCUGGGCCUGGAGUGACUCCCACACCCCUCGUGCCCCCACCCCCAUGCCACCCCAUGGCCCCCUGUGCUGCAGUGAUGGCUGCUGGAUGUGCCCUGCACCCAUUGCUGUGUAGGAUGGGGAAACUGAGGAGUGGAAGCGUCUCUCCCUCCGACCCCGACAAAUGGCCCUGAGGACGGUCAUGUCCCUUGAGCCCUUGUGUCUGGCACUGAGCACAACUCCCUGCUCCGAUUAGCAAGUGCUCUCUCUCUUACUGAUUACUUUGCUGCUGUCUCAAUGCAUUAUUAUUCUAAUGAUUAUUAAUUAUUACAAUCUUCUCCCAUUCCUGCUGCACUGUCUGCAGCCAGGUGGUUCCUUGGCGGGGCUGUGGGGCCUUGCUCUCACUGGGGUUCCCAGCUCCGACUGGGGCGCAGUUUACCACGAUUUCUCCAACUCACACCAGUUGAUCUAUUUCACUCCAGUGCCCAUUUUGCCCUUUCCUGCCCCAAAACCCCUCUCAGCCACCUCCUGCACCUCCGGAGCAGAUAACAAGGCCCGCUCCCUUUACCCAGCCAUCUCCCAGGAGCCCCCUCCUCCCCACAUUCUUUUUUCCCUUUUCCUCAGUAAAUUCUUGUGGCCCAUCCGGCCCACACCAUGCUUCCCAGAGGACCCACCCCAUAAAUCAAAUCCCCACCACUCCGUUGUGGGCAAUAUCUUAUGUAAAAACAUGUUUCUAGGGAGCGCUGGAGGCUGGAGCGGCUUAUACAAGGUACACGAUUAAUUAUAAGGAGUCAGCCCGACCUCUUCCCACAAUUUUUUUUACCCUGGGUCCAAAACCUGAUUACUUUCCACCUUCUGCAUCCCGACCUCCUCACAUGGAGCCCCCCACUACACCCCAACCCUCCCCCCCCCCCCAGCAGCCUGGGAUGGGUGCUGCUUGUUGGCGCACCCUGCAAUUUAGCAGAACAGUAAUAACAUAAUGCUAAUAACAAUAGCAGCCAGUGCAUGCCCUUGUUCUCCAUUUUGCAGCCCUUGGAAUGACAGUGGCAGGGGGUCUUGCUGGCCCUCACACUGCCCAUGCACACCCUAUUGCCCUGGGGUGCCACCGGGCCAUGCUGUGCCUCAGUUUCCCCCUUGCUGAGCUCUUUGGCUGCCCCUGGCUUGGCUGCGGCCCCUCGCUACCACUCAUCGUGGCACAGGAAGGAUAAAUUCCUCCGCUUGGCUGAACAGGGAAAAUACGCAGCGAGGUGGCUGCCUGUCAUCCAUCACCGGCUCUCGGCAGCACCGCCAUGCCGGGACUUAAAAUUCAGGUCAGAGAGAGGGGCUCUCAGAAGCCAGCAAGGGAAGGUAAUUUAUUCUGUUUAUAUCUUUUUACUGCAAGACAAGGCGGGGGGCGAGGGGGGGGCACACUCUGCCAUGAUUUUGCAUUUUAAAUAUUAGCUUGGCGCCGCUCAUCACUCAAACCCCACAAUGAAAGGGACCAGGUGCUGGAGCAGGUAACUAAAAUGGUUUUUAUUCACAUUGAACAACACGAGCCGGUCACACUGACAGCCUCUGCAAGAGGCAGCGGGGACAGGAAACCCACGGUGCGCUCAGAACACAACUUUUUGUCUCCCUUUUCCAUUUUCUUUUUCCCUUCCCCGCCCCCCUCACUCUAUCCUCUUGCCUACCACUCACCACCACCCUUCCCCAGCCUUCAAAAUAGGAAAACUCAGAGCUUCCAAUUACUAAAAGUACAAUAAAUAAUCAGUAAACACAAAAACA